GAGUAAGUCGGGCAAUGCUCUCCACGCGCUCUCGCUCCGCCGCCGCGCUGCGGGCGAGAAUACGACCGCGCGCGGCGCGCGUCGCGCUGGCGUCGGGCGCGCGCAGGUGGAAGUCUGCGAUGGUGGAGUCGUACGACGAGGACGACGACGAGGACCUGCGCUUUUCGGGGCACACGGGCGGGCAGCUGGUGCACGCGUCGCUGGUCGAAUGCGGCGUGCAGCAUGUGUUUGGGUAUUCGGGCGGCGCGAACCUGCCGAUCCUCGACCAGUUCAGCGAGUCGCCCAUCCAGUUCGUGAUGAACCGCUCGGAGCAGUGCUGUGGGCACGCCGCCGAGGGCUACGCGCGCUCGACGGGCCGCGUGGGCGUGGUGCUGACCACGUCGGGUCCGGGGCUGACCAACAUCAUCACGCCGCUGCAGGACGCCAAGGGCGACUCGACGCCCAUGGUCGCGCUCUCGGGGCAGGUCCCCCUCGCCGCCGUCGGCUCCGACGCCUUCCAAGAGUGCCUCGCCGUCGACUUGACUCGGCCGUGCACAAAGUGGUCGUACCAGAUCAAGUCGGUGGAGGAGGUCCGCUCCGUCGUCCACGAGGCGUUCCACGUCGCCGCAAGCGGCAAGCCCGGCCCCGUCCACCUCGACCUCCCCAAGGACGUGAUGACCGCGGUCCUGCGCGGAGCGGGCGUCCCCCUCCCCAUGCUGCCCCCGCCGGUCACACCGUCCAAGGCCGUCCUCGAAGAGGUCGCGCGCAUGCUGUCGGUCGCCGAGAAGCCGAUCCUGUACGGCGCCGUCGCCGGAAGCGAGGAGCUGCGCGCGCUCGCCGCGGCGGCGAACGUGCCGGUGACGACGACGCUGCACGCGAUGGGUGUCUUCAACGAAGAGGACCCGCUCUCUCUGCACAUGCUGGGCAUGCACGGCUCUGCCUACGCCAACUACGCCAUCCAAGAGGCCGACCUCAUCGUCGCCAUCGGGUCGCGCUUCGACGACCGCACCACGGGCGCGCUGGCGCAGCGCGUGGUGCAGCCGACGGUGGCGGUGCCGGGAGAUUGCGUCGCGGCGAUGCGGCUGCUGCUGCCGCUGGCGAUGCGGAUGCUGCUGCCGCUGGCGGACUUCCCCUUCUCGUACACGAGGAUGCCCGACGGCCGGAUCAAGACGCAGCAGGUGAUCGAGGCCCUCAACUUGGGCUUCAAGCCGCAGCGCGAGAAGCUGGUCGUCGCUACGGGUGUCGGGAACCAUCAGAUGAUGUCGUGCCAGUUCUUGCGCUGGAGCGAGCCUCGCUCGAUCGUCUCCUCGGGCUCGCUUGGCACGAUGGGCUUCGGGCUGCCGGCAGCCAUCGGCGCACAGGUGGCGCAGCCAGACAGGAUCGUGCUGCUGGUGGAUGGUGACUCGUCUUUCAACAUGACCCUGCACGACCUCGGCACUGUCAAGGAGCGCCCGCCGCCGUGCCACGACGGGCAGGAUGCGGAGCACCAGCUGCCGAUCAAGAUGGCGAUCAUGAACGACGGCGCGCAGCAGAUGGUCAAGGUCUGGCAGAAGCUCUUCUUCGACGGGCGGCUCGUCGCCACCGACAACGUGAACCCCGACUACGUCGCCCUCGGGGAGGCGUACGGCUUCGAGUCCUUCUCGGUCGACAACGUCGACGACCUCCCCGCCGCCGUCGAGCGGUUCGUCAACGCGACAGGGCCGGUGCUUUGCGACUUCCGAGUGGUGCCCGACAUCUGCCUCCCGAUGGUGGCGCCAGGCAAGGGGCUGCAGGAGAUGUUCCUGCCCGGAUCCAUCUCCUUCGACGACGAGCAGAUGCCAGAGAUGACUGGAGACGCGCCCAGCUGAGGAGGGCGGCGAGGGCGCACGCCCCUCGGCACGCCCCUCCUCGCCGCCGCGCAAGCGCGGCCCAGAGACGGAGCAACGACGUGGGUCGCUGAGAAGCAGACAGCUCUCAGCUACAGUAGAGUUCCCCUCUCGGCCUCGCUGAGCUCCGUCGGUCUCCGCGAUCUUUGAGAACGGGGUUUGACCCCCACCCCCUUUCACCUACUGAUAAUAUGUUAUUCGGUUGACCACUCUUCUGGUGCAUGUUUUUUAUUUUUGC